AUGUCACUUGAUACCAAUAAUAACAUCAACACAGACAAUAGUAUUAGUAGUAAUAGACCUUCACUUCUAAUAACAGUAACAAAACCAGGAAAGGAAAAGAGUACUGAAGACGACCACGAUAUUGACAACAAGGCAUUAAAAGAGGUCGCAAAGAGAAUUGCACACGAUAACGAUAAAAAAAAGCGUGUCUCCUUAAAAGAACGUGUGGCAAUUAAAGUGAAAAAAUUAAGUGGAGUAUUUAACCCUCCAUCUCAAUCAGCAAUAAUAUUUCAAACUGAGCGAGAACUGACUGAAAGCGAAAUAGUAAUAAUGCAAGAUUCAAAUUCGAACAAUGAUGAGACACCCUCGAACAAUGAUAAUAAAGUUAAUGAGAAUCAAUCAACUUCCCCAUCUUCGAAAGGAACAUUUAUAGAACUUUUAUUCUGUGGAUUAUGUUGCUGUCCACACCUUUCUUCUAAGAGAAAUAAAAAUAGUGCUUCGAAUGGACAAUCAUCGGUGGUAUGUCUGACACUUUUCAACGCAUGGCUCUCGACACAACCAAAUAAUUUUCCGUGUGAUGUCUGUGCGGAUGACACAACCGCAUUUUAUAACAUCACACAGUUUUGCGUGUUGAAAGGUAUCGCGGCUAAUGCGAUCAACGGGUCACGAUUGCAGACAGAUAAUGGGUGGAUGACAAAUGGGAACUAUUGUAGAUGGAUUGGAGUCAUCUGUGAUUCGUCACAGAAUAUUAUCGAAUUGUCUUUAGUAAAUCCAAAUAUUCCUGGAGUCAUUCCUAAUAAUCUAGGAAAGAUUACUACUCUACAGAAAUU